AGGCGCGCCGGCUGUUUCCGUCGCGGGGGCAGCGGUGGCGUCGGCGGGGCUGGGGUAGGGGGGACGUGGGCCGAGCUCCGCGGGCUGAGCCACCAUGAGCUUCUUGUGGGGCGUCAUGGGCGGCCCCAGCGCCGGGCCGCAGCCCUCCGGCGCCGAGACGAUCCAGAAGCUGUGUGACCGUGUAGCUUCUUCCACGUUACUGGAUGACCGGAGGGAUGCCGUCCGUGCACUUAAAUCCUUAUCCAAGAAGUACCGGUUGGAGGUGGGCACGCAGGCGAUGGAACAUCUCAUCCACGUUCUCCAGACAGACCGUUCAGAUUCUGAAAUAAUUGGCUAUGCCUUGGACACUCUCUACAAUGUAAUAUCAAAUGACCUAGAAGAGGAGGAGCAAGAAGAAAACUUAACAAAAGUUGAUGAUUUGGGGAGUCAGUUCACAGAGAUAUUCAUUAAACAGCAAGAAAAUGUCACACUCUUGCUGACUCUUGUGGAGGAAUUUGAUUUCCAUGUUCGCUGGCCUGGAGUGAAACUCCUUACAUCUCUUCUAAAGCAGCAAGGACCUCAAGUGCAGCAGAUAAUUCUUGUCAGCCCUAUGGGUGUUUCCAGACUCAUGGAUUUACUAGCAGACUCUAGGGAGGUUAUACGAAAUGAUGGAGUCCUGUUGUUACAGCAAUUGACAAAAAGUAACGCAGCCAUACAGAAGAUUGUUGCCUUUGAGAAUGCCUUUGAGAGACUUCUGGAUAUCAUAACAGAAGAAGGAAACAGUGAUGGAGGAAUAGUAGUGGAAGACUGUCUCCUACUAUUGCAAAACUUGUUGAAGAAUAAUAAUUCCAAUCAGAAUUUCUUCAAGGAAGGUUCAUACAUUCAGCGUAUGAAGCCUUGGUUUGAGGUUGGAGAUGACAACUGUGGGUGGUCUGCACAGAAAGUAACUAAUCUCCACCUAAUGCUGCAGCUCGUGCGGGUACUUGUGUCUCCCACAAAUCCUCCCGGUGCUACCAGCAGCUGUCAGAAAGCAAUGUUUCACUGUGGGCUCUUACAGCAGCUCUGUACAAUCCUGAUGGCGACAGGAGUUCCUGCUGAUAUCCUGACGGAAACCAUAAACACUGUAUCAGAGGUCAUUCGAGGAUGCCAGAUGAAUCAAGACUACUUUGCUUCUGUAAAUGCACCUUCUAAUCCACCAAGGCCCGCAAUUGUAGUACUUCUGAUGUCCAUGGUGAAUGAACGGCAGCCUUUUGUGCUACGUUGUGCUGUUCUCUAUUGUUUCCAGUGCUUUCUCUACAAAAACCAAAAAGGCCAAGGAGAAAUCGUGUCAACACUUCUACCAUCUACUAUUGACGCUACAGGUAACUCUGUCUCAGCUGGUCAGCUGCUCUGUGGGGGCCUCUUUUCCACGGACUCCCUCUCUAACUGGUGUGCUGCUGUGGCCCUGGCCCAUGCGUUGCAGGAGAAUGCCACUCUGAAAGAACAGCUCCUUAGAGUACAGCUUGCCACCAGCAUUGGCAAUCCACCUGUGUCGCUGCUGCAGCAGUGCACCAACAUCCUCUCACAGGGUGAUAAGAUCGACAGACGGGGCAGCAAAGUCCAGACCAGGGUUGGACUUCUGAUGUUACUUUGCACUUGGCUCAGCAACUGCUCCAUUGCUGUCACCCACUUCCUUCACAAUCCAGCCAAUAUACCUUUUCUCACAGGGCAGAUAGCUGAAAACCUGGGAGAAGAGGAGCAGCUCGUCCAAGGCCUGUGUGCACUUUUGCUUGGCAUUUCCAUCUACUACAAUGACAAUUCCCUUGAAAAUUACAGGAAAGAGAAGCUGAAACAACUGAUUGAGAAGAGGAUUGGCAGGGAGAACUUCAUUGAGAAGCUUGGCUUCAUUAGCAAACAUGAACUUUAUUCCAGAGCUGCUCAGAAACCCCAGCCUGGUUUUUCUAGCCCAGAGCACAUGAUGUUUGAUCAUGAAUUCACCAAGCUUGUGAAGGAAUUGGAGGGUGUCAUAAGUAAAGCUAUUUACAAGUCCAGUGAGGAAGAUAAAAAGGAGGAGGAGGUCAAGAAGACAUUGGAACAGCAUGACAACAUUGUGACUCAAUACAAAAAAGUCAUCAGAGAGCAGGACCAGGAGCUUGAAGAACUAAAACAACGAGUUACCACUUUAAUGUCUCAAAAUGAACAGCUCCAAGCAACAGUUACCCAGCAAGUGUCACAGAUCCAACAGCAUAAGGACCAAUAUAAUCUCCUUAAAGUACAGCUAGGAAAGGACACUCAACAUCACAAUUCCCAUGGGGAUACGUUUCAGAUGAAUGGCAUUCAGACAGAAGAAGUGAGCAAACUGAAAGAGGAGUUGGAAGAAUGGAAAAACAAGCAUGAGCUGCUGCAAGGGCAGAUAAGGGAAAAGGAUUUUCUGAUUGAAAAAUUGAAGUCUUCACAGUUGGAAAUAGGAACAACAGAGCUGUCUUCACAGAGCAGCAGAUCUGGUGGCUUGGAGCACAAUAAUGAACUACAAAAGGAGUUAGAAAUGCUCAGGAGUCAACUACAACUACAGUCUGUAGAAAUCUCUCAGCUUCAGACAGAGAAUCAAAAGCUACGAGUAAUGAACACAACUGCAGACCCUGUGUUAGGAGACAGUGGUGCAGCAGUAGCAAACAGCUCUGAAUUGGAGGGACAACUUGAGCAAGAAAUCAAAGAAUUGAAGAGUGAAGUCAAAGCCCUUUCUGAAGAAAAAGAAUCACUAAAGCAGCACCUGGAUUCAUCCAGCAGUACAGUUGCUAUCUUGCAAGAUGAGAAAAGUAAACUUCAGCAAGAAGUUGCAGAAUCAAAGAAAGAACAGGAUGAUCUUCUGGUGCUUUUGGCUGACCAGGACCAGAAACUAUCUGCACUGAAGAUCAAAUUGAAAGAUCUUGGUGUACCGGUUGAAGAUGAAGAUGAUAUUGAGUCUGGAGAUCAAGGGGAUGAAGAUGAGGAUGUGGAGGAAGAGGAGCAGGACUAGAAUGCUUUUGUGUGUUACCAUGAAAACUAGAUUGCAUUGUUACUGGGGGUGGGAAAUCUAUUAUUGGUAUACAACGCAAAACAUCUGCUUAUGAGGAGCAGAUGGGAAAAUGACAACUGUGGGACUAGUUAUAAGUUACUGAAGUGUUUGAAAACCCUUCCUACUAGGUAAAGCAAACAGAAAUCACUGCUUUAAGUUCUACAGGAGUAUCCCAAAUUAUACUUGCUUAGAAGUUGCUUUAGAUGCUGUUUAAAGCAUGGGGAUGACAAUGUUGCUGUCUCAGUUCAUUGUCAUUGACAGAAGUUCUGUGUGUGCGUCUACAGUUUUAACCUUCUGGAACUGUUAAUUAAAUACAAAAGUAUUUGGUUUAACAUCUGUCAAAUGGAAUCAUUGCCCCUGCCUUCAGCAGGGAGCUCCAGUGCGAUCUGAGACUUCCUUCCAACAGCAGUGGCGAGGUGGAAGGGUUUGGAUGGCUGUGGUGUGCGGUGGCCACUCUGCCGGCCUAAGGGCUGGUUCUCCAGGUGGGAAUGGACCUGCAUAGGGCCAAGUGACUUGACACCUGGAGUGGCUGCAUUGGAACCUCCUGGGGAACUGCAGUGCUAUGCUAGCAACGAAGAAGAGGUUUCAUGGAAACUUAUGCAAGAGAGGUAGUGUUUUUAAGAAGAAUCUCUGGAAAACCAAACCCCAACACACUCUUUCUAAAGAUCUAAUGUGCUACCGGCUCAGCAUAAAUAUUAAGUAAAGAUCUUGUUGACUACUUCAGUAAGGAAAUGAAAACUACUAUGAUUUAUAUAACUUAUUGGCUCUUGAGGAGUGAAUAAAAGUUUUAAAAGACUGAAUACAGUACAUGCAUCAAUUGCGCAUUUUUUUGUAAUAAAAAUAGGUAUGUCCACUUAGCACUCAUUCAGUGACUUCUCUUAUCCUGUUUUAAUAAAAUAUAUUUUAUUACACAUGUAAAAUGGUCUAACACAAGUCUGGGGGGUGGAUGCGAGUAGUAAUGUACCCUGUACUGGGGCUCCCAUGACAUCAGUGCAUAGGGGUGCUGGCUCAGUUUUUGCAUUUUUAGUUGUACAGACUUCAGUAGCUGCUUAACUUCCUCAGAGCUAUUUUAAACUAGCAAAUCACCAUCACUUCAGGAACACUAGAAAAGACUCUUCUGAAGUUACCUCAUACCCUCGGUGUGUGUGUUUAAAGUGUAAUUGUUGAAGGGAGUGUUUUAAAUAGGGUCCACACUUGCGCUCCAUCCUUGGGCAGAUUUCAUUGACAUGGGGGAAGAAGAGCAAGAAUGAGAAGGAGCGGUAGAACAGGAGCUGACGCACUAUGUGGCUGUGGGGCCUUCCAUACACCAAGGCCUGGUUCUUUCCUUCAAUGUGACUUGUGUUCUACUGACCACUGCACACCUGCAAGGUGAGAGCAAACAGCUUGGAGGCACUGCCUGUCAACCUUUGCUUUUUCUAUGCAAAAUCCAAAGAGGGCAGAAGCAUGGAGGCCCCAGAAAGCCCUUCUAGAUGCCUUUGCCACAUUUAUUUAUGCAGCAAGAGUGGCAGAGAGAUUUAUUGAUGAGAACACUUUGAUUCUGAGGCAGUUCUUGCAUUUUUCUUACCUUUUUUUUUUUUGUUUUUUUAAGAUGAGAGCUGCACAGAAAAAGCCAGGGCAGAAAGCCUGAAGUGCUCUUGCUGCUUGUUCAGUGAUGGGGACAAGUUCUACAGGAAUUGACAGCUUUGUUGCUUGCAAACUCAAUGCAAGCACACUGCAUGAAUUCAGCCCAAUUUAGUGACUUAGACUCUCUUCUUAGCAUGACUGUAUUUUCUUCUUGACAUGAAAGAGAAGAAAGAAGAUACCUCGUUGCCACUGUUUAAGUGGGAGGUGGUACAAUAGCAGCCCAUCAGCUAACAGGUCUUGAUUUAUGUUUUUCUUCUUCAGUGCAAAGUUGGUAAGUGAAGGGUAUUUGCUUUGCCAAGGGUAGUCUGGAGCUCUUGUAUUUAGCUGAAUGGAGUGAUAACAUGGAUUUGGAAGUUAGUGGGGGAAUAAUAAUAAAACCCAGUGUAACUUAAUGCCCAAGCGUUCUGUGUUGGGACCUAGUUAUGAAGUAGGUGCAAUGGUGUGCUGCCAUCCUCAUUCACAGAUACUACAGUCACAAGAUGGGAUUAUUACAAAUAGCUGAAGAAUUUAAGUACCCAGCUCUCACUGUGUGCAUGGUUAUAGGCGGGUAUUUCUCAGCCCUUGAAAAUUCUGUUUGUGACUAGGGUUCUCUUUCAGGCACAA